AUGGACGGACAAACUUUAAUUGAUAUUAAAACAGAUAGUGACGGAGUGAGCAUGUUCAGAAAUCCUUACUGCUUAACUAUAGACACAAAAGGCAAGUACACAUACGUUAGUGACUGGUAUAGAAACGAGAUAAUUAAAAUUGAUCUCGAUAGUUAUGAAACCAAAGCAGUGGCCUAUAUGUGGCAUCCAGAAGGUAUAACAAUUGACGAAGAGGGAUUUGUGUAUGUCGUUGAAACCGGUACUAAUAAACUGUUCUACCUUCAUCCACAUUGUGAGUAUUCCGAGAAGGUUAUAUUGUUGCAUACGCUUCCUGGUGAUUGGGAGCCUUUUGGAAUUUGCUUCAACUCAGCCGGAAGGAAGUUAUACGUUGGCCAGGCAGAGCGUGAUACGAUCAAGGUGUUUAAAGUUGAUGAAUAAAACUCAUCGUAGUGACGGUGUUUGUUUUGAUAUGCAUACAGAUAUCCCGAAUAACGUCAUAGGAAGAGUAUCAAAAAUACCAGAGAUUCUCCACAAAACUAAGCUUGACACAUUAAUCAUUCACUUGUGCAUUAUGUAACAAUUUUCAUCAUCAGUGCUUAUAGAAACAAAACAUUAUUCUUACAUUUCUGAUGUCGGUUUGAAAUCAAAUGUGAAAAAAAUCUCAAGGUCAGAAGAGGAUUUUCAUAAUGUAUCUGUAAUUUAUUUGAAUAAAUUUAUACCUGUAUCUUUUACAACAAAUUUGGGUUAAACGAACCACUACUGUUAAAUAUAAAAUAAACAUUUGAAAAUACUGGA